CCGGGGGACAGGCCCCGCCCAACCCGGAAGUGGGUGGGGCGGUUCUAAGAUGGCGUCGCCUCCUCAGGGGGGCCCGAUGGCGAUCGCCAUGCGGCUGCGGAACCAGCUCCAGGCCGUCUACAAGAUGGACCCGCUGCGCAACGAGGAGGAGGUUAAGGUAAAGAUGAAGGAGCUGAACGAGCACAUCGUGUGCUGUCUCUGCGCCGGGUACUUCAUCGACGCCACCACCAUCACGGAGUGUCUGCACACCUUCUGCAAGAGCUGCAUCGUGAAGUACCUGCAGAGCAGCAAGUACUGCCCCAUGUGCAACACGAAGAUCCACGAGACGCAGCCGCUGCUCAAUCUCAAGCUGGACCGCGUCAUGCAGGACGUCGUCUACAAGCUGGUGCCCGGCCUGCAGGAAAGCGAGGAGAAGCGGAUCCGCGAGUUCUACCAGUCGCGGGGCCUCGACCGAGUGACUCAGCCCAGCAGUGAGGAUCCCGUGGUCGACACGAUGGGUUUGCCCUACAGCAGCUUCGACCACUCCCGUGCCCACUACUACCGCUACGACGAGCACGUCUCCCUGUGCCUGGAGCGCCAGAGCUCCAGCAAAGAGAAGAACAAGGCCAGUUUGCAGCAGAAGUACGUGCGCUGCUCGGUGCGGGCCCAGGUGCGCCACCUGCGCAGGGUCCUGUGUCACCGCCUGGGGCUGGCGCUGCAGCACGUGCAGAUCCUGUACGGCAGCGAGGUGCUCCCGGAUCACAUGACCAUGAAGCAGCUGUGGCUGUCCCGCUGGUUCGGCAGGCCUGCGCCCCUGCUCCUGCAUUACAGCGUGAAGGAGAAGAGGAGGUAGGGGAUGAGCAGAGGGCGCUGCCAGGCCCAGUGACCCCCGCACCCUGCAGCUCCCCCCCGACCCCCUAACUUAAACCCUCCUGCCCCAGCCGAGUCUAUUUUUUGAAUAAAACAGUUGAAAAUC